AUGUCAUUGAACAACAAACACGGAGAAUGUGUUGACAAUGUGGCACUCAAACUAUAUAAGAAGAAAGAAUUGGAUGUGGCAACAGAACACGAUAAACCAUCAACAAACAUAAUGCAUGAGAAAGUAUUAACAAUAAGGACACUCAGACUAUAUAAGAAGAAAGAAUUGAAUGUGGCAACAGAACACGAUAAACCAUCAACAAACAUAAUGCAUGUCCAAUAUCUGUUUGUCAUUUUCCUGAUAACUCUGGAUGUUAUUUUAUCUCAAGCCGCAACAGGUCCUUCUGAAGAUGAAGUAGUAGAAAAAUUUGAAGAAAUUAAAGCAACAAAAGAAUUUCAAAAAGCUAAAGAAAAAGUUAUAGAAUCAUUAUCAGAUAGGAUUGAUAAAUAUGUUCUGGACCACUUUCGUAAAAAUCAAUAA